AUGUGGUUCUUUAUUGGGUUGUUUAUUAUUAAACUGUUAUAAGCAUCGACCAGUUCAUUAGACAUAAUAACAGAAGCCUCGUAUUGGGAUGCUGAUAUUUUCAGAAAAUGUGGCAUUUAACGUAGGAAAUUACAUAUUACAGCCUUGGAAUAACGUUUCCUAAAGCUCUCGGUGAGUAUCAGGUACUUCCCAAUAAACUUCUUAUAAAACAACAAAACAUCAAAUGGCAUCAGUCCCUAGAGGACCGAGUGACGUCACUGCGGAGGACGGUGUCGUGACGUAGGCAGUUCAAUACUGACACUGAUCUGAGUGGGAGGGAAGCGGAUGCAUCGGCCAGAUGUGGACCGGUGUGGUGGUGUGGGGUGGGGUGAUGUGGACGGGCGUGGGGCGUGGACACAUGGGUCUGUGGAUGGGCGUCGAUCAAUAAAGCACAUAUACAGCUAAUACAGCUACAACAUAGAAGCUGCAGAAUAAUUUCAUCUAUGCAAACGACUUCACAUACCCGCACUGAUCAGGAGAAAUAGGGUUUGUCAGGUGAAUCAAAAAAUUAUGUCGCAAAAGCAAAAAAGAUUACUUUAGGUUCAGUCCAAGAGCUCCGUUAGAAAUUAGAAAUGUACUGGUAAUACUGAAUGUGUGGAACAGCUGUGAAAUAGCUGUAGUCUGGGAGAGAGUGGGGGUGUAGCCUGUGAGCCUAUGGUAAUGAGAGAGAGAGAGAGAGAGAGAGAGAGAGAGAGAGAGAGUGAGAGAGAGAGAGGGAGGGAAAGAGACGCGGGUGGACAGUGGGAUGCUGUGCGUUAUCUGGCUAAAUGAGGGUUGUCUUUCCCAGUUCAGGCAGCAGGGCUUCUCCACCCUUUCAGCGAGGAUCUGUAAUUUACACGACAACAGCAGGGCACCCAACGGAUCUCCAUUGGACUCUGCGCUGGAUCUCCCACAGCGCUGCUCCUGCUCCUGCUGCUGCUGCUGCUGCUGCUGCUGCUGCUGCUGCUGCUGCUGCUGCUCCAUCACCAAACGCUCAACGCCAAAGCAGGAGAAGAAGCUCUGAUUUCCGUGCCAUGUGUAGAACGAUACGUAUGUGUGAAUUCAUGCGGUGACAGCGGAGGGGGAAUGGAGCAGUUGUCAUCAAAUUCCUGCAGACGCGCCGACGGUGAUAAAGGGGAGGCUGUCGUGUAGAGAGAAGACCUUCAUACGCAGCAGCCAAUCCGAGAGAUUCGUUUUCAUUGCCAGCGAAAAGGAUCAGCGGUCAGGUGUCGCCUUUCAUUUCAACCACAACAAUGGGGGAGCAGCCCAUCUACAGCACGCGGGCCCACGUCUUCCAGAUUGACCCCAACACCAAGAAGAACUGGCUGCCCACCAGCAAGCAUGCGGUCACUGUCUCCUACUUCUACGACAGCACACGCAACGUCUACCGCAUCAUCAGCCUGGACGGCACCAAGGCAAUAAUCAACAGCACCAUCAGUCCCAACAUGACGUUCACAAAGACCUCACAGAAGUUUGGCCAGUGGGCGGACAGUCGAGCUAACACUGUCUACGGCCUGGGAUUCUCCACUGAGCAUCAUCUAUCCAAGUUUGCAGAGAAGUUUGCAGAGUACAAAGAAGCAGCACGGCUCGCUAAAGAGAAGAGUCAAGAAAAGAUGGAGAUGGCCACGUCUCCUUCUCAGGAGUCUCCAGGAGGUGAGCUCUCGUCACCUUUGACCCCAGUGACUCCGCCCAUGGAAAACAUCAACGGCACAGAUGAAAUCUGUGACACGACUCCUAACUCAGACACCCGUCCCGAGCCGGCGCAGAACGCCCUGGCCUUCACACACAGCCCCGCCAUGACAAAACACUGGGAGGCUGAGCUGGAGGCACUAAAGGGGAACAAUGCCAAGCUAACGGCAGCUCUGCUGGAGUCCACAGCCAACGUCAAACAGUGGAAACAACAACUGGCUGCCUACCAGGAGGAGGCCGAGAGACUACACAAACGGGUGACAGAGCUGGAAUGCCAGAGCAACCAAACCCCAGUGAUCAAAUCACAAAAGACUGAACUGAACCAAACCAUAGAGGAGCUGGAGACUACGCUAAGGGAUAAAGAAGAGGAAAUGGAAAAGUUGAAAGAGGAAUUAGAAAACAUGAACGACCUGAUGGAGCAAAAAGACACUCUUACCCAGAAACUUGAGGAGACGGAGCUGCGCGGUCGGGUGCUUGAGGAGCAGUUGGCGGGCGCGGAGCAGCGGCUAGAGGAGAACCAAGAGGAACAGGAGAAUUUCAGAAAGAGCCUGCGGACGCUGCUGGAGAUGCUGGACGGCAAGAUCUUUGAGCUGACGGAGCUCAGAGACACCUUGGCUCGGCUCAUAGAGGAGGCCAGCUAGAGAUGGAGCUGCCUAAUCUGCACAGACAGAGCCAUAGGAUAAAUUACACCCUGACAACCCCAAUUCAAACUCACCCACAUCAGUCCCUACCCGCCAUGUCCCACCUUCCCACAUUAAAACUGAGACGCUGCACUGCCCAGUUCUGAUUUUGCUCAAAAGAGGGCAGCUAAUCCCCUGUUUUUACCUUGCAGGCAUCGAGCUUCAACCAACCACAGGCACUCCUGUAGUUCAAAACAACACAGGGACUACCUCAUCUUGCCUUCAGAUUGGCUGGUGUAGGCGUAACCUUGGUUGAAUUGAUCUGUCCGGGUCAUAAAGAUGCCUGCUGUAGCACACUGCUACUGCUCCCACCCCCACCCCCACCCCCCACACACCACACACCACACACACACACACACACUCACCAAACUUAGUUAACUUGAGAACUGUGCCUCAGCGCCAUCUGCUGUUUGACUGGGAAAGGUGCACCACAGAUUGCAGCAUCACAAUGUCUCACACACACACGUGUACACACACACACACACACACACACACACACACAUACACACCCUUUUCUUCAUCUCUAAACUGCCCCCCCAAGGGGAAUGUUGAAAGUCAUGUGGAAAUAAUUGCCGUUAAGACUCAGAGAACUGCGCCAAAGCUGCCAAAUCCCUCCAAAAUAUUGUCCUCUAACUAGCAGAUGCUUUGAUCCAAAGUGACUUACUGUACAGAGAAGUGCUGAACAGAGGCCCGCGUCUGAGCUCGGGCUGCCAGCGGAGUGUCACUGGAAACAGAGAACUUUUAAGGACGGCUCUCAACAAACCAGUCAGUCUUACCUUUUGGCCUGUAGUGACAUCAAUGCUGCUCUGGACACACAAGGCUGCUCGGAAAUGGAGUUCGAUUUCCUUCUCAAGUGAAAAUGAAAGACUGCUAUGUAUCCACAGCCUAUUUAAAAUCUUACAUGAUAGAUGAGUAUUUAAAUCUUCCAGAGGCAUCGGUCAUGCCACACAGAAAUUUUAAAGGGCAUGUGCCCAUGUUAGAUUUGACAUUAGAAUUCCUGUAUCCAGACUGCUUCCACCGUCUCACACAACUGACCUGUCUUCCUGCCAAACUCAGUGUGGUGUGUGUCUCUGAACAAAGCCCGACCUUUGACAUAAUGUGUGCCUUUAAAGCACACAUACGCGGACACGUGUUUGUAUAUAAUAUGUGUGUGUGUGCGUGCGUGUGUGUGUGUGUGUGUGCGUGUGUGUGUGUGUGUGUUUUGUGCAGAAAGAGAGAAAGACCCCUGGUUUGGGACAUCAAGGCCUACACACACACACACACACACACACACACACACACACACACACACACAACACACACACACACACACACACACACUGAGCAAUACCAGACAGGCUCUAUACGACACCUCUAUCUAACUCUAUCAGGUACUCUUCUCAGUGGACUCAUGCAGAUAGGUCAAACGCAACUCAGCUGAUCCCCCAUGUCCGACAGAAAGUGUACUACUGUUGACCGCGAACCUGUGUGGCAGCCCUGUCUAGUCGAAGUAGUGCAUCGUGAAGGGCUUAUAGAGUGUCAUAUACAUGUUCGUAAAUCUCCACCCUCAGUGAAACAGGCCACCGAUUUUCACUCCUCACGGGUGAAUGCAGAACUCGGUUUCUAUUCUUUUUUACACAGGAUAUAAUAGUGAAGAUAUAAUUAUAGAACUGUAUAGGACAACUUUCUACUCAUGAUGACAUUGUAAAUGAAUGGAUGGAUAACUCAAAUGCAGUAACACCCUGCAGUGGCUUAUUGUUGUGUAUUAACCCAUGGAAAAGUACUGCAUAGUUAUUAUAGAGUAUCUAAUCUGUAGGUAAACAAUGAAAAACCUCUUCAAUAUGUAUUUAAAAUGCGUAACAACACAAUGUAAACACAUAGUGUUAAAUGUUCUGUACCAAAAUAUUCACUUAUGAAGCAGCUCCUCCUCCUCUGAUGGUGAAAUCCCAAACUGCAACUUAAAAUUUCUUCCUUUAAAAUCAUUCAAUUUCUAAAACGCUAUAUGCUCACAUGAAAUGCUGCUUCUUUUACCUUUCAAUUGAGCACCCUGUUUGCACUGUGUUAUUACACUGUUGUAACUCAACAUUAUAUUUCAAGAGAUUUGCAUUAAGUCCUAGCACAGCAUAAUUCAUUCACAUCGUAGUUAGUUGCACAGGUUAAUACACUGGAAUAAGACCCAUGUAAAGGGAACUGUUACCCAUUUCUUUUUCUUUCUGGUUUAACUUUGACAGUCAAAUGACAGAGAUGGAAUACCUUAAUAUUAAUGCUAUUGUUAAUGAAUGCCUUUGUACAGUAGUGGAUAAGAAGCUUUUCAUUCUCCUGUUUUGUAACUUAUGGUAUUUAAAUGUAGGUAUUAUUAUUGUAUUUAGAGGUAUGAGAAGACUGGCAAUAUUUUUGACUAUUUAAAGUAAUUUUGAACUCAUGAUAUUAAAGAGGUACCUCAGGCUAAAGAUGUUCGUAGAUUGGUGAGACUUGUGUGUUUGCAGGUGAAAGCAUUUACCAAAUGCUGGUGAAAAAACGAUCAGGAUACACACCUGUUGGUGCUUCAGCCCAGCAAAAUCCUUUGUUGAAUUCAAACAAAGACAGCCCUACAAGGCUGAGAACACACCUCUGUGAACUAAGAAAUGCUAUGUUUUAUAUUCAAAUACAGUGACCGCAGAA